AUGAAUCAUCCUUGGAAUCGUGCCCUGUGGCUGGGUUUAUCCGCAGUGUCAGCCGCUGCAAUUGCCUACAAGUUAUAUAAUAAUCACCGUUUCGCAAGCAGUAGUAAUAAGGGCGGUUCGUCAUCUGCUACUACUGAUGAUGCAUCGGAUGAAGAAAAGGUGAAUGGACUCGUCAUGCAACGAUUUCAGGCGUGCAGCGAGUACAUGAAGAAUCGCAUCACCAAGUUGCCCCAAGCGACGCAACUCGAACUCUAUGCCUGGUACAAACAGAGCACCGAGGGAUCCCUGGAUCCAAACAAGACCAAGGCACCCCGAAGCUACGAUUUGGUAAAAACAGCCAAAUACGACGCUUGGAAGAAACUCCAAGGCAUGUCCAAGUCGUCUGCGAUGCAAUUGUACAUUGACAAGGCCAUGUUGGUGGAAUUCACAGCAAGCAUGCAAGAUGACGGAUAUGAUGAUGCCGAUGCCGAUGCUGAUGAAAUGGAAGAUGCCGUCAUGGACAUUGGUGGGAUGGGUAUGAAACCGAGUACUUUGAACUAUGAUGAUGAUGAUGAUGAUGAUGAUGAGAACGACAAUAAGAAUGGAGGCAAUGCUGCUGCCAGGGAGCACCCCUUGCACGAAGCAGCCAUGUCGGGUAACUUGGAAGCACUCAAGGAACUAUUACGGUCUAGUAACAGCAGUGAUGGUGAAAACUCAGUGGAUCCCAAUGGACAAGACAGCAGCGGUCAAACGGCCUUGCAUUUGUGUGCCGACCGCGGAAACUUGGAUUGCCUCGAUCUGUUGAUAGAAGCUGGGGCUGAAAUCGACAUUGGGGAUCAAGAUGGUAUCACACCGUUGCAAACUGCUGUUAUUUCUGGUCACGCCAAGAUUUGCGAACGUCUCUUGGAGGCUGGUGCCGAUCCUGACAAGCCCGACAACGAUGGGGACACUCCUCGUGCAAGCGCUGAAGAUGACAAGGGGAUUCUAGCACUACUGGAAAAGUAUCCAAAGAAAUAG